UGUUGAUAUUAGCCAAGCCAACGAACUCCCUCGUCCCUCUCUGGAUCCGAAUAUAACGAUAUAUUCUGAGCAAAAACAGCACAAACCUGAAACCCUCGCACUGCCACAGAACCCUUCCAACGUAACCAAAGUUUUUAGGAUCUUCCAUUUGAUCAUCAAUGGAGUCCUUCAACUCGAUGAACAACAACGGAGGAGACGAAAUUAAUUCCUCGCCUCACACUUUCGGCCACGAUGCCGCCUACAUGGGAGCCUAUGAUUCCUCCUCUUUCCCGCCUCCCCAAGCUUUCCCUUCCGAUGAUAUCACCAUUGAUACUACUACUCACAUUGCUCACAAUCACAGCCGCAGUUACAGUCAAAACCUCGGUUAUAUUGCCACUAGCAACAACAACGACAUCGAUAAUAAUAAUGACAUUCAUACCGACCCGCCUUCCCCGGAAGUUUAUGGCUUUGGUUUGUCAGCGCCCAAUGCUGAAUUCGUGACAUCUUUCGGAGGGUCUGCGAUGGAUGGUAGUGGUAUUCCCGAUGGCGGUGCUGAUGAUGACGGUAUUUUCACAUCUGAAGGGCCUAUGUUGCCUCCGCCUGAUGAGAUGCAAGAGGAAAGCUUCAUGCGACGCGAAUGGCGCCGGUUUGUUUUCGUUCUACCUUCCUUGUUUUCGAAAUUUCUCAUUCGGUUCAUUGUUUUAAAUUCGUUUAUACGCAGCUUAAACGCCAUUCAUCUUGAGGAAAAGGAGAAAAGAGAGAGAGAAAUGCGAGAUAGGAUAAUUGGCGAAGCAGAUGAGUACAAACGAUCAUUUUACGAGAAAAGGAAUCAGAAUUGUGAAACCAAUAAGGCAAACAACAGAGAAAGAGAGAAGCUAUACUUGGCUAAUCAAGAGAAGUUCCACAAAGAAGCUCACCUCCAUUACUGGAAAGCAAUAGCCGAGAUCAUUCCUCGAGAGGUGGCGAGUAUCGAGAAGAAGAGAGGAAGGAAAGACCCUGAUAAAACACCAUCGGUUUUGGUUAUUCAUGGUCCAAAGCCGGGAAAGCCUACUGAUCUUUCGAGAAUGAGGCAAAUUUUCGUGAAGCUCAAACAGAAUCCUCCGCCUCAUAUGAUGCCUGAACCCAAAGAUGAAAAAGAUGGCAAAGAUGCAAAGGAAGAGAAGGACGCCAAGAACGGCAAAGGUUCAACAACAGCAGCGUCUGCCGGAGAAAAUAAACCUGCUGCUGCUGCUGCUAAUGGUGGCACUGAACAACCAAAACCAGAGACUUCAUCUCCAGCUGAGGUUGAUAGCAAAGUUAAAGCCAAUCCCGAUGCUUCCAAGUGAUGCCAAACCUUAAUUU